UCUGCUGAAUUUCAGACUCCAACAUGAAGUCUCUUCUCGUUGCAGCGCUGCUCGGAUGCCUCAUUGCGGUUUUGGUGGACGGUGAAAGGGUGAAGUGGUGCGUCACCUCACCUGCGGAGCUUGCAAAGUGUCGGAGUUUGGAGGGCUCUACAAAACUCACCUGCGUGGACAGAGCAAGCAUCAUCGAUUGUCUGACUGCAAUUAAGAAUUCCGAGGCAGAUGCCAUCACCUUGGACGGUGGAGAAAUCUACACUGCUGGACUGGACGACUACCAAUUGCAUCCCAUUAUUGCUGAAGAGUACAAAUCUGCUUCAGAAACAUGUUACUAUGCUGUUGCUGUGGCAAAGAAGGAAACUAACUUCGUCUUCAAAGACCUCAAGGGAAAGAAAUCUUGUCACACUGGGUUGGGGAAGUCUGCUGGAUGGAACAUUCCCAUUGGAACGCUGCUGUCCAGGAGUUAUUUAAGCUGGAAUGGUAGUGACAGCAAAUCCUUGGAAACUGCUGUCAGUGAAUUCUUUGGAGGCAGCUGUGUUCCUGGAGCUAAAAAUCACCCCAGACUCUGUGAACUGUGUAAUACAGACUGCAGCAUGACUAGUACUAACAGAUACUAUAACUAUGAUGGUGCUUUCAGGUGUCUGAAGGAGAAAGGAGAUGUGGCUUUCAUUAAGCACCUCACCAUACCUGACGGGGAAAAGGACCAAUACGAGCUGCUGUGCUUGGAUAACACCAGAGCACCUAUAGACAAUUAUAAAAGCUGUAACCUGCAGAGAGUACCAGCUCAUGCUGUUGUCACACGAAAAGACAAGGAUCUUGAGGAUCUCAUUUGGAAUGCUCUCGAUGAGAUUCAAAGACAGCAUCUAGGCGUCCUUUUCAAAACUGACCACGGAAAGAACCUGAUGUUCAAGGAUUCAACAGAGAAAUUGGUCAGGCUCCCCCCGAACACAGACGCCUUCACGUAUCUGGGUGUCAAGUACAUGAGAAUCCUCCAAAGCCUGAAGAGAGUCAAUAUUCCCACCAGUUCACCUGAAGGCCUCAGAUGGUGUGUUUUGGGUGAGGAGACAUCAAAGUGUGACGAUUGGAAUAUCAAAACAAUGGAACUGACAUGCGUAAAAGGAGAAUCACCUGAACAUUGUCUGAAGUUAAUUAUGCGUUCAGAUGCUGAUGCAGCAACAGUAGAUGGUGGACAAGUGUACACAGCCGGAAAGUGUGGUCUGGUUCCUGCUAUGGUGGAGCAGUAUGAUGCAGAAAAGUGCAGCAGCGCUCGGGAUUCUGGAUCCCAUUACUUUGCUGUGGCUGUGAUAAAGAAAGACUCAGGUAUCACCUGGGACAAUCUGCAGAACAAGAAGUCCUGCCACACAGGCAUUGGUAGAACUGCUGGCUGGAACAUUCCCAUGGGUCGCAUUCACGAAAAUACUCAGAGCUGUGACUUCAAGUCCUUCUUCAGUCAAAGUUGUGCCCCUGGAGCAGAUGUGAGCUCCACGCUCUGUUCUCUCUGUGUUGGUGAUACAGAGAAUCAGCACAAGUGCAAACCCUGUCUUGCGGAUGGUGUUGGUGAUGUUGCCUUCACCAAAUACUCAGUCCUAAUUGACAACAGCAAUGGCAUGGGUCUAAACUUAAAUCUUGAUGACUACCAAUUGAUCUGCCCUGGAAAAGCUCCAGUGCCAAUAGACAAGUUUUCUGAAUGUCAUUUGGCUAAAGUGCCAGCACAUGCUGUUGUGACUCGUCCAGAGAAGAGGGAUGAUGUGGUUAAAUUUCUGAAGACGGAGCAGGGUAAAUACGGAACCAGUGACGGUAACGCCGAAUUUCAGAUGUUCAGUUCAGCUUCUUACGCUGCCAAAAAUAUGCUGUUCAAGGACCGUACACAGUGUCUCCAAGAGAUUCCAAUUGGACAAAACUUUGAACAGUUUUUGGGAGAGGAGUACAUGAAAGUCAUGAAAUCCCUCCGAAAAUGUGAAGAAAACACUUCAGAACUGGAGAGGUCCUGCACUUUCCACCCAUGCCAGAAUAACAUAUAAUAAUCAUGGACGUUGUGGUACCUCAGAUGAUUCAUGAUGAAACAUCUGUCCUUUCAACCACACAUACAGUAUUUCAAUACUGCUCUUCAAACCAUUAUCUUCUGUAAACCUGUAAUAGAUUAAGUUGCAAUUCAAUUUACAUCAACAAGUGAAAAAGAAUGUGUUUCACUGUUUAAAUAAAAUAUUUCUUUCAUUUGA